AUGUCCCUGUCACCUGGAGGAGGCCCAUCCGGUGGUGGAGUAGGAGGAGGAGGAGGAAGUGGUGGUGGGGGCAACAACCACCACAACCACAGCCACAACCACAAUCACAACCACAACCACAACCACAACCACAACUUCGGUAGCGGCGGCGGUGGUGGAGGUCCAUCUUCAUCUUCGUUUGCACAUUUCCACAAUAAGAGCUUCAACAACAGGAAGUUCAGUUCAGCUUAUAUGAACACGACGGCGACGACCAGCUCGGGAUCACUUUCAUCGUCAUCAUUAUCAAACGACGACGAGGACGACGGCGACGCUUUCACUUCUGUCAUGCGCGACCGUCAGGCGAGGGGGAAGGACCCCUACAAUUCGGGGGAUGGGUCUGAGGGGAGUGACUUGAGUGAUCGGGAGGGUGGGGUUGGGACGUCGAAGUUGAGGUUGGGGGGUGGUGGUGGUGGUGGUGGUGGUGGAGGGAGACCUGAGAAGGAGGAUUACGCGAGCAGAGAGCUUCGUCAAAAGGCGAUUGCCUUUUUGGAUAAUCCUGAGCUGCUGAUGAUGUAUGCUCAGAGUACGGGUGAUAGCAUACCAGGUGCCCGUCUCCAUUUUAUGCGUCUCCUUUGUGGGUAUGACGAUCUCCCUCAGCAUUCUUCCAGCAAUAAAGUGGCAACGUCAGGUUCACGGUUUGCCAACCGACCUGAUCACCCUAGACAGCAAGCUCACAAUGUCGGUGAGAAACGUCGCCGAUAGACAGUGCUGCCUCUACUUGGAGCCAGUUAUGGGUUUCCCAAUCACUACACAAUUCUUUCCCAUUGGUUUCACCACUUCGUUCCCAGCUCGCUCGCUUGUGUCGAGCUAAAUUUUGUGGUUUUUCCUGUCUCUUGUUUAACAUCAGCGAAUGUCUUCUGUUUCAGUUUUAUGGAGAUUUUCCAGGACUUUGUGAGAUGGGGUUUGGCAUCGAACCUGUCGUCUUAAGGGGCAUUUGGAUGAAUUAUGAUGACAUGACACGGGCACAAAAUAAAAAAAGGAGAAAAGGCAAACGGAAAAGAAUACCAAGAUAGCAUGGUUAAUGAGUGAUUCUUUUGCCGUUGAGCAAUCAUAUGCGUGGCAGCACGGACGUCGAGUCUUCUGUUCCAAGGCAGUUUCAUGAGGGGGGUGGCUGGGGCUGGACACUACAUGCAAGAGAGCAUGGGCAAAUAGGUUAGUUACUCCCUGUCUAGACCAGUUCAAGUACACCAUCCCUAGGUUCAUUCAUACUCUGUGUUCCAGGACUGUUCUGUGCGAUAUAUAUAUGAUCUCUUCCCUCUCCUCGUCCAGGUUCAAGCAAGGGCAACCAACUCCGUAUCGAAAAACCAACAACCUGACCGCAGACGCCUUGCUUCCCUACUCC